GGCACGGUCACAGUCUCACAGAUAUCAAAUUUGCUGUUUCACCUCUACACUUGCAACUCUCCAGCCCUCCAAGCUCAACCAGACUAUCAAGGGCGCGUCCCUUGACCCUCGUUAUCCUACGAACGUCGGAAACCCUAAUUUCACCGCAUUCCUGUGCCCCGGAGCCAGACAAGCGUGAGGACGUUAUUUAGAGGGUUUAAGGAAAAACAUGGAGGCAAAAGCGGAGGAGUUGUCUCCUAAAGUCGGUAAAAGGAAAUACGCGGAGGAAAAAUCAGCUGGUACAGAAGUUCCAGAGGAAGAUUCUGCCUCUAAAAGGCGUAACAUGAUUCGAACAUGUGUGCAUGAGGUGGCAGUUCCAAAUGCGUAUACUCUAAGUAAGGACGAGGCUGUUCACGGGACUCUUAGUAAUCCUGUUUAUAAUGGGGAAAUGGCAAAGACGUAUACCUUUAUGCUCGAUCCAUUUCAAAAAGUUUCUAUUGCAUGCCUGGAGAGGAAGGAGUCUGUUUUGGUUUCUGCACAUACGUCUGCUGGGAAGACAGCAGUGGCUGAAUAUGCUAUUGCAAUGGCAUUUAGGGAUAAACAAAGGGUUAUAUAUACUUCACCGCUGAAAGCAUUGAGCAAUCAAAAGUAUAGAGAGCUGAGCCAAGAAUUUUCCGAUGUUGGGUUAAUGACAGGUGAUGUUACAAUUUCACCAAAUGCAAGUUGUUUGGUGAUGACCACAGAGAUCCUAAGAGGAAUGCUCUAUAGGGGGUCUGAGGUGUUGAAGGAGGUUGCUUGGGUUAUCUUUGAUGAAAUACACUACAUGAAAGAUCGUGAGAGGGGAGUUGUUUGGGAAGAGAGUAUCAUUUUCUUGCCUCCUGCUAUUAAGAUGGUUUUUCUUUCUGCUACAAUGUCAAAUGCUACUGAGUUCGCUGAAUGGAUAUGCAACUUGCAUAAGCAGCCAUGUCACGUGGUUUACACGGAUUUCCGCCCUACACCAUUGCAGCAUUAUGUUUUCCCCACAGGCGGCUCUGGAUUGUAUCUUGUGGUAGAUGAGUCUGAGAGAUUCAGGGAGGACAAUUUUGUGAAAGUACAAGAUGCUUUUACAAAGCAGCAUCCAGCAAAUGGAAACAAGAACGUUAAUUCCAAAGCUAGUGGCAGAAUUGCUAGAGGAGGGAAUGCUUCUGGUGGAUCUGACAUCUACAAAAUUGUCAAGAUGAUUAUGGAACGGAAGUUCCAGCCCGUCAUAAUUUUCAGUUUUAGCAGAAGAGAAUGUGAACAGCAUGCAUUGUCUAUGUCCAAACUUGAUUUUAAUACCGACGAGGAGAAGGGUGUUGUCGAAGAGGUAUUCCGGAAUGCAGUGCUCUGCUUGAGUGAAGAGGACAGAAGCCUACCUGCCAUCGAACUUAUGCUGCCACUACUUCAGCGUGGAAUUGCUGUACACCAUUCUGGCCUGCUUCCUAUUAUCAAAGAGCUCGUAGAGCUUCUUUUCCAAGAAGGACUUGUUAAGGCGCUAUUUGCAACUGAGACGUUUGCAAUGGGACUAAACAUGCCUGCAAAAACGGUAGUUUUCACUAGCGUCAAGAAAUGGGAUGGUGAUAGUCAUCGAUUCAUUGGAUCUGGUGAGUACAUCCAGAUGAGUGGAAGAGCUGGGCGCCGUGGCAAAGAUGAGCGUGGUAUUUGUAUCAUAAUGAUAGAUGAGCAGAUGGAGAUGGUCACUCUCAAGGACAUGAUUUUGGGGAAACCGGCACCACUGCUCAGCACAUUUAGGCUUAGUUACUACUCUAUUUUGAAUUUAAUGAGUCGUGCUGAAGGACAAUUUACUGCUGAGCAUGUCAUAAAAAACUCUUUUCACCAGUUCCAGUAUGAGAAGGCCUUGCCUGAUGUAGGAAAAAAGAUUUCUAAGUUAGAAGAAGAAGCUGCUAUGCUCGAUGCUUCAGGAGAGGUAGAGGUAGCUGAUUAUCAUAAGAUGAAGCUUGAAUUGUCACAAAUUGAGAAGAAAAUGAUGGUUGAAAUAACGCGACCUGAAAGGGUUCUCUAUUUCCUGUUACCCGGUAGACUGGUCAAAGUUCAGGAGGGUGGAAAGGAUUGGGGUUGGGGUGUUGUUGUCAAUGUUGUUAGGAGACCCCCUACAUCAUCAGGUUCUUUGCCUGCUGCACUUUCUUCUUCACGUGGUAACACCUAUAUUGUGGAUACAUUACUUCAUUGCUCUAUUAGUUCCGGUGAAAGUGGUUCUCGCCCCAAACCAUGCCCUCCUGUUCCUGGAGAAAAGGGUGAAAUGCAUGUGGUUCCGGUCCAAUUGCCAUUGAUAUCUGCAAUUAGCAAAUUGAGAGUAACUGUUCCUCCUGACCUCCGGCCGCUUGAAGCAAGGCAAAGCAUCCUGCUUGCAUUAGGGGCACUUGAAAAAAGUUUCCCUCAAGGCUUCCCAAAGCUGAACCCCGUGAAGGAUAUGGAGAUAGAAGAUCCUGAAUUUGUGGAUAUGAUGAGCCAAAUAGAGGAACUGGAGAAAAAGUUGUUUGCUCAUCCUUUACACAAGUCACAAGAUGAGCACCAGCUUAAGUCUUUCCAUAGGAAGGCUGAGGUGAAUCAUGAAAUUCAACAACUUAAGUCAAAAAUGCGUGAUUCACAGCUGCAAAAGUUUAGAGAUGAACUUAAAAAUCGAUCUCGGGUCCUGAAAAAGCUAGGUCACAUCGAUGCUGAUGGUGUCGUACAAUUGAAAGGAAGAGCCGCAUGCUUGAUUGACACAGGAGAUGAGCUCCUUGUAACUGAACUAAUGUUCAACGGUACUUUCAAUGAUCUUGAUCACCAUCAAAUUGCUGCGCUGGCAAGUUGUUUCAUCCCAGGAGAUAAAUCAAAUGAACAGAUUCAUUUAAGAGCAGAACUUGCUAAGCCAUUACAACAACUACGGGAGAGUGCAAGAAGAAUAGCAGAAAUCCAACACGAGUGCAAGUUGGAAGUAAAUGUAGAAGAAUAUGUGGAGGCAUCUAUUAGGCCAUUUUCAAUGGAUGUUAUUUAUUGCUGGUCUAAGGGAGCAUCAUUUGGAGAGGUUAUACAAAUGACUGAUAUUUUUGAAGGCAGUAUAAUACGGCUAGCUCGAAGGCUUGAUGAAUUUCUGAACCAGUUAAAGGGUGCUGCACAUGCAGUUGGAGAAGUUGGAUUGGAGGAAAAGUUCAUUGCAGCCAGUGAAAGCCUGAGGCGAGGAAUAAUGUUUGCAAAUUCUUUGUACCUUUGAUGCUGCAUUAGCAGAAACACAGCAUUAGAAGAUGAAGCUCAUCUAUUUCUCUGAAUUGAGGACAUGAGCAGAAGAGGUAGCAACAUUUCCCUUCAGUGUAUUCUAAUCUCACUUUGUCCACAUGCAAUUUUUAUUGUGAGGAUAGAUUGAGAGAACAACCAAAGAGAGAAAGAAAUUGAUUUACAACAUGCUUUGCACAUUGCUCUUCCGAAGCGGAAGAAAAUUAUUCCCCUAAUGUUAGAAUGUGUUGUUUUGUUAACGAAGCAAGAUAUCACAUAUAUUAUUUAAAUUCAUAGUUAUUAUUCUAUAAAGAACGCUUCAGAGUGCAA